AUGUCCGUGCCCCGUAUAAACCUCUACAUCGACACCGUCAGUCCGUUCGGCUACAUCGCCUUCCAUGUGCUCCGCAACUCCCCCAUCUUCUCCAAGUGCAAAAUCACCUACAUCCCCAUUUUCCUGGGUGGCCUGAUGCACUCCUGCGGAAACACCCCACCUAUUGAGAUCAAGAACAAAGCCCAAUGGAUCAACAAUGAACGCAACCGCUGGGCCACCUACUUCUCCGUCCCCAUUAUCCCCCGCACCCCGCCCAACUUCCCGCCGCGGACCCUGCACACGCAGCGGGCUCUCAGCGCCGUCUCGCAGCUAGCGCCGGACCGGCUCAUCGCUGUGCAGGAGGCAUUCUACCAGAAUUUUUGGGUGGAGGGCGACGGCCGGAUCGCAGAGCCGAGCUGUUUCGUGCCCGUGCUGGAGCGGGUGUUGGGGAAGGCGGUGGCAGAGAGGGUUGUUGAUGCUAUGCAAACCCCCGAGAUCAAAGCCCUCCUCACGGCGAACACGGAGCGCGCAUUCACGGCGGGGGCGUUCGGGGUGCCGUGGUUUGAGUGCACGAAUGCGCAGGGCGAGACGGAGGGGUUCUUUGGGGUGGACCAUUUAGGCCAAGUGGUGGAUUUCCUGGGGUUGGAUAGACGCUUGGAUCAGGGGUUUCGGGCGGUGUUGUGA